AUGUUCCUUAUCAUUUUUAUCACCGCGAUUUUUGCCUUUUUCCUUCAUCAACUAUAUUGGAGACGGAGAAAUCUUCCGCCAGGUUGAUACCUUUUUUCAAAACAAAAUUUGAAUUCUGAAUUCUUAGGCCCGAUUCCCUGGCCUCUUUUUGGGAAUCUGUACGAGUUUUCAAAGCAUCCGCCAGGCUAUCAAGCAUUUCUCGACUGUCACAAGAAAUAUGGGCCGGUUUUCACUUUUUGGAUGGGUGUGUUAUUCAAAAUUUCGACAGGUUUUCGAAUUUAUGGUGAUUUGUUGAAAGUUCUCUUGAGUCCUUUUUUCAAAAAAACUGGUUCGAAUUGUUUUUUUAAGGUCUUGAGUUUUAUCUGUAUAAAAAAAUAGUAAUUUUUUUACGACUCCAGGGGUUGGUAAAGUGGUCCCUAGAGGGGACCCAUCAAGGGCCUCUAGGGUUGCCCCUAUAGGGAGCACUCUGAAGAUCCUAAGUACUACCCUCAAAAAUCAAUCGAUCAUAUGAUAUUUCCAGGAAGUGAUCCAGCCGUUUUCAUAACUGAUCAUGAGCUUUUGAAAGAAGCUUUCGUUCGAGAUGGCGACACCUUCAAUGAAAAGUUCAUCUAUGAGAAUUUCAAUGAACCUUUCCGAGGUGAGACUUGAAAAAAUAUCAAGAAAAUGCCUCAAAAUUGAACAUUAGGCGGAAAUUUCGGGGUUUUCGAUGCAAAUGGUGAGACGUGGAAAACCCAUCGGCGCUUCGCCCUUCAUGUUUUCCGAGAUUUCGGAAUCGGGAAGGAUUUGAUGGAGCAGAAGGCGAGUUUCGAAUCCAAAAAAUCCUUACGAAAACAAUUUUAGAUCCUCUUGGAAACGGAAGAAAUCAUCAAAAGUUUCGCCAAAGCGACUGGGGACUUCUCUGUACAAGUAUUUUAACAAACAAGAAAAAAAAAGAAUCAGUUUUUAGGAAGACUUCGAUUUGGCCGUGGGCAGCAUUAUUAAUCAGGUCCUUUUCGGCUACAGCUUCAGAAAUGUGAGUUUCGAAAAUUAAUAACAAUACGAAAACAUUUGGAAAAUUGCUGUGAGGACUUUUCAAGUGAUCACUUAAAGGACCUAGCCCAAAGUCCCGUGGAAGUGUUAAUUUUUUCUCCCUUGAGCAGCCACUUGAAAUGAACCAUUCGAAAUGUACAAAAAAAGGACCGGAGUUCAUGUUUUUCCCAAAGCUUUUAAAAUGUUAGAAAAACUAAGAUUUGAUGAUCUGUAAAACUACUUAAGGGACCACUUGGACCUUCAAAAGAUUUAAAUUCAGCAUUUUCUCUAUUUUUGUGUGAUUUCCGAAAUUUUAAGCUUCAAAACUUGAAAGAAACUUUGCUUGAAUCAUUUUUGUGUUCUCAGAGCUCAUAUAAGCCUUUUUUUCAUCGAGUUUCAAUCAAACUUGUGAAAAAAACAUCCCUUGGACACUUUUUUGCCAUUGUUUCUUGUUCCAGGAAAAAGAGCCCGAGUUCCGACAGCUCAAAUCUGUCCUCAACGAACUGAUAUGUUAUCUCGGCUCAACUGAAGCCAUUUUCACGCUCACUGUUAGCAAAACAUUGGCGAAACUCCUCAAUCCGAACUACUUCAAGAAGUUUGAGCUAGCCCUGAAAAACUGAAAAAAAAAACAAGUUCAGGAUGAAAAAAUAUCGGGAGAAGUUGAUGAGUUUCUACGAGUCGCAGAUCGAAAAGCACAGCGAGGAGAUCGACUUCGACUUGGAAGAAAAUAAAGAUUACGUCGAGGCUUUUCUCAAAGAGCAGAAGAAGCGGGAAGCGGCUGGGGAUUUCGAGAGCUUUUCGUGAGUCUUUGCUCAUAUUAGCUGAGUUUUGAAAGUUUAUUGCUCAUGUUAGGAAAUAAAUUCAGUUGGUUCCAGGGAAAAUUUAUGUAAUUUUCAAACUUGAAACGUUUCACAUUGUUCAUCUAGACAACAUACAGAUUUUUCCCCUUUUAAAAAUUAUUUGACUAUCUUAGUGUUGCUCAUAUUAGCUGAGUUUUGUAGGUUUAUUGCUCAUGUUAGGAAAUAAAUUCAGUUGGUUCCAGGGAAAAUUUAUGUAAUUUUCAAACUUGAAACGUUUCACAUUGUUCAUCUAGACAACAUACAGAUUUUUUUCCCCUUUUUAAAAAAAUUAUUUGACUAUCUUAGUGUUGCUCAUAUUAGCUGAGUUUUGUAGGUUUAUUGCUCAUGUUUGAAAAGAAAUUCAGUUGGUUCCAGGGAAAAUUAUAUAAUUUUCAAAAUGAAACGUUUCACAUUGAUCAUCUAACAACAUACAAAGUUCCUUUGAAACAUUAUUUGACAUAUAAUCUCAGUGUUGCUCAUAUUAGCCAAGCUUUAAAGGUUUAUUGCUCCUUCAAGCAAGAUAAAAAAACAGUUCGGAUGACAGCUCUCUUCAAUUAAAAAAACCAAAUUUAAAGAAGUGUUUUCUUCUUAUUAAUCAUCUCAACAAGAUACGCCCAAUUUUCCAGUGUUCCAGAUUUUUUCUCAUUAUUGCUCAUGUUAGUAAAUUUUUCUUUAUCAAAUAUCAUAGCUUCGAACACAAAUUUCAAUAAAACUUCUAGGAUCAAAAAGAAAAUGAUUAUUAUUUCAGGAAAAUUCAACUCCAGAACAUGUGUUUCGACCUUUGGGUGGCUGGAAGUGAUACCACCACAAAUACCAUGUCUUUCAUGAUUCUCUACGCUCUCCACAACCCUGAUAUGCAGGUCUUUUAUUCUUAGUUGAUUUCUGAAGGGAAAAUAUUCAGAAAAAGCUACAUGAAGAGUUGGACCGGGUUAUCGGGUCGAGAAGGCAAGUUUCGAUGUCCGACAAGAACGAUUUGCCGUUUCUCACCGCGUUUAUAAACGUGAGUUGCACACUUAGUUUGCUAGAAUGUAUUUUGUAAGUUUCACUCUGUCACUGAUUUUUAGACUUUCCAGAAUUUGUUUUUUUGCAGUUCACCUUAGGAUCUUAGUAUUUCCUGAAACCUUUUUUUAAAAAUUGUAUAUUUUAAAAAAUCUGUGAUUUGAAAAUUUCCAGCUCAUCAUCAAAAUCUCAUUUUUAGAAAAUUAUUUUUUUUCUGUUUAGUUUCAAGUUUGACUCUAUUAGAAUAUGUUCCAAUAGGACUCCAUUUUUUGGGAUUUUUCCAGAGUUUUUUCGCUAUAUUUGAAAAAAAAAUCCGUUUAACAGUUCACGGCGUUCUCAAACGGGGUGGGGAGAAGUCACAAAAAUUUGGCUCGAAAACUCAAGUUUUUAAGUACGCAGCAAAAAAAAAAACAAAUCGAUGACGUUGAAUAAUCUGUGUAACGUAGAAUGACGUGUCGUGACGUAAUUUUAUCCGAAGGGCGCACUUAAUUUUUUUGAAAUCAAGAAACUUUGACGCCUCGCUCAUCUUCCCUCACCCCAUUAGGAACGCCAUGCAGUUCCUUGAAACUUUUUGAUCAUUUUUUAGAAGCGACAAUUUUUUUUAUCCCUUUUUUUUAGCAUAGCAUCGUUAACGUCCUACAAGGAUUUUUCAAAAAUGGAAUUUUUUCGCGAAUUUUUAAAAGAAACUCAAACAUUUAAUCGUGUAGGAAACGCAACGGCUGGCCAACCUUGUUCCCAUAAAUUUCCCAAGACAAAUCAAAAAAGACGUCGUCCUGCAAGGCCAUUGGAUCCCCUCCGGAACUACCAUCGUUCAUCAAAUUAGUGCCAUAUUUUAUGAUGACAAGGUAUGAAAAAAUCGCACAGGCAAAGUCCAAAUGAUCUCAAAAAGCCCUUGAAAAAGAAGAGCCUAAAGCUCCUUUUUGAGUUCCUAGAAAGAUGUCAAAAGUUUCUCGGAAUCUUCUUUUUUCCACCUUUUUCCGGUUUUCUUUACCUCCUUCUGAGGAAAAGGUCUAGAAAAAAGCUCCUUUGAGACCUUUUUUUUCGGAAGUCCUUUUUGAGACCUUUUGGACUUUGCCCGUGCGAUUGGAAUAAGGUUUUCCGGAAAACUACCAUUCAGGUCUUCCCGGAUCACCAAAAAUUCAACCCAUAUCGCUUCCUGGAUAAUGAAGGGCAGUUGAAAAAAGUUGAGAGUUUUCUCAUUUUUGAAUAUCGUUUUUUUUUUUCAAAGGUCGACGAACUGAUCCCAUUUUCGAUCGGAAAAAGACAAUGUCUUGGCGAAGGCCUGGCCAGAAUGGAGCUUUUCCUUUUCACUGCCAAUAUUUUCAAUCAUUUCGAGGUUUUCUUUGAUUUUUUAUCUCAUAGAAAUGUUUUUUUUAGUUUCUACCUGGAACCGAAGGACUGCCGUCAUUGGUUAAAGAUUUCAGUUCAGUCGUCCGGCCCAAAAAGUACACCUGUAGAGUUUUGAAACGGGACAUCCCAUAA